UCUUUGCAGAAGAUUUAGACAAAGAAGAAACAAUUAUACAUUGAGAGAAAAAAAAAAAUAAGAGGAAAAAAGAAGCUCAAAUGGCUUAUUUAUGUUCAGAAACUUUCAUUCUCUUUAUCAUUUCAAUCUUCUAUUCCAUAUGUUUUUCUUCUUCUACUCCUUUCAUAGUAUUGCAUGGGCUUGGACAGUCUUGCAUUGAUGCAGGAAGUACAUUUUAUACGACACAACUCAGCCUCUUGUCAAGAUCAAAUGGUCAAUGCUUAGAAAUUGGAAAUGGACCGUAUGAUUCCUACAACAUGCCUCUAGAAAAUCAGGUUCAAAUUGCGUGUGAAAAGGUGAAGGGAAUGAAGGAACUUCAACAAGGUUACAACUUAGUUGGUCUCUCACAGGGAAAUAUGGUAGCCAGAGGGCUUAUAGAGUUCUGUGAUGGAGCACCACCAGUCAAGAAUUUUAUCUCAAUUGGUGGACCUAAUGCUGGUGUUGCUUCUGCUCCUGUCUGCGCUGGUGGUCCUUGGUGUGCCGGAGCUGGUGGUGUAUCUGGAGUUGGAAUAUACUCAGACUAUGUUCAAGCUCACUAUGCUCCUAGUGGCUAUACCAAGCUUCCAUAUGAUAUUGCUGGAUAUUUAAGAGGUUGUAGGUAUCUGCCAAAGCUUAACAAUGAAAUUCCUAAUGCAACUAAUCCCAUCUAUAAGCAACGUUUCACCAGCUUGCAGAACCUUGUUCUUAUCAUGUUUGAAAAUGAUGAAGUUAUAACUCCAAGAGAAAGUUCUUGGUUUGGCUUUUAUCAAGAUGGAACCUACCCACAAAUUUUGCCACCACAACAGACUAAUCUUUAUCUAGAGGAUUCGUUUGGAUUGCAAACAUUGGAUAAAGCUGGAAAAGUGAAGUUCAUAAAGUUACCAGGAUAUCAUCUUGGAAUGGAUAUUCAAGAAAUGCAACAAUAUGUUGCCCCAUAUUUGAUUGAUGGUGCACCAAAGAAUAAAGCUGCUGCUCUGUUCCACUGAUUAAAACACUCACAAAAGGACAACGGAAAAAAAGACACUACUACUAAAGCGUCUUCAAGUAAUCUGAUUAGUUUAGGUUUUGGGAUAUAAUAUCUUAAAUCUCUAUCACGUUUUUUGUUAGAUAUGAUGAUUAGUAGUGCUUAUCAAUGUAUUAGCAAGUUUGAGAUUAAUUGAUAGCAAGUUGAUUGUUC